AUGUCAUUCCUCUUCAAAUAUUCUGCGGUCCUGCGGACCAUCAAGGCGCAGAAGAAGGGAAUUGAGGCCUUGUUCAGGUCUCAAAUAUGCUUCAUGAUUCAGAACAUUGAGAAGACAGCUCUGCUCUCUGAGCAUGUCAAUCUGCUUACUACUGAAGUGGAACCCAAGACAGCAGAUCAGAAAAUGCGGGAUUUUGAGGUACAGGUUGACCUGGCUGAGAGAGAGCAGCAGGAACCCUUCUCUGAGAAGGCAGUAGAGAGAGAUUUUAAGAUGAUUAUCAUCUCAGAUGAGAAGAAGAAGAAGAAGAAGAAGAAUGAGAAGUGA